AUGUUGGCAGAAUUUCGCGAAGCAUUUUUGCUGUUUGACAAAAACGGAGACGGGACGAUAUCAGCGGUGGAGUUGGACGUGGUGAUGAGGGCUCUCGGGAGGAACCUCUGCGAGAGGGAGCUGAACGCCAUGAUUAAGAGCGUCGACGCCGAUGGCAAUGGAGUGAUAGACUUCGGCGAGUUCAUGUUGAUGAUGUUGGAUGCCAACCUGAAUCCAGACGAGGCAGACGCUGACAUGAUGGAGAUGUUCAGAGUCUUCGAUAAGAAUGGCGAUGGAGUCAUCACGCGACAGGAGCUCAGACAAGUUGUCAACACCUUGGGACAGUCGUGCACAGACGAGGAUCUCACGGAAAUGUUGAAGGAGGCAGAUGAAGAUGGCGACGGUCAGGUCAAUUACAAAGAGUUUGUGAAAAUGCUGACGACGAAGCGAUGA